UUCAACGCGAUUGGAUGUACACGCGGUUUAAUUGAAAUAUUUUUUAUAUCCAACAAUAAUAAAUAGUGAAAAUAAGUUAAAUUAAAGUGCAAUUUGUGCGUUUGAUUUUUUUUUUUUUUUUUGCCUGCUGUUGUAUGUAUGACCACCAAAAAACGGAUAUUAUUAGAUUGUUUAUCGGUUUGUGGGUGACAGCUGUCAAUAUUUACAUAUAUACGUACAUAUUUCCAGAUUGUGCAAUACACUAACAAAGCGAAGUGCAUUAAUUGAAUAAUUCUCUUGAAUGAAGAAGUUAAAAUGCAAAAAAAAGCCGGUUUUCUAAUUAGUUAGCCGGUGGCUGCAACGAAUAAUUUAAGUUGUAAAGUUGAAGUGACUAAAUCCUAUUACAUUUACACAAAAAAAUAAAAUAAAAAUAAGAUAUUAAAAAACAACAACUUAAUCGAAUACAAACCAACGUAUUAAUCACAGUUCUUAAUAAACAAACGGGCAGUGGGAGAUAAGCCAAACACCUAUGUAUGUGAACCACUCUGGCUGGUGAUGCCACUAAUCAAACAGAAAUCUCUAGCCAUCGUAGGUAUAUCAGCCACGAUAAUAACAUAGUUAAAUCUUCCACAAAAUGGCAGUCAGUUAUACCUGUCUAACAUUGCAAUAUGUGGUGGUGCCGACGGUGCUGGUGUUGGCCGCACUAUUCCGACCUGCCGGCAUUUCGUUCGUGUACCUGUUAAUGUUUUUUAUAACGCCCUUUAUUCCCAUCGCCAACAGUCGUAAUUUUAAAAGUGCCGUUGGACCAUUUUUCAUCAUACUCAUAGCAUUAUGUUCACUAUUAUUAUUAUGUCAUAUAGUACUGCAAGUGACAAUAAUUGCAAUGAAGAUCGAAUCGAUCUUCGCUAUGUGUUCAUUUACGCAACAACUGUUGCGACACAUCGGCUUCAUUAAUUUGCAGAAUUUGCAUCCAAUAGCCGCUGCUGAAUGGCAUUUGCCAGAUGUGCUGGUAUUCAUUACAGUGGUGAUUUCAUUUGUAGUUAUAAAAAAAUUCACCCAAAAACCACCACCGAUCACAAUGCAAUUGGAAACUGGUGAAAUUUUACCAAAUCAAGAAUCUGAUGAUAGUGCAAAUGCUGAUGAUGAAGCAUUCUUUGAUGGAUUAAUAAGAAUAUCACCGCUCUUCUGCCUUGCAAUGCUAUUUGUCAUAGCCGUGCUGCGACCAUCCGCGCCUGCGGGCUUCUAUUUUCUCAUUUUCCUGCUGAGUGGCUCCUAUUGGGCCACCUACAACUCGCUGAGACGAGGUUUCUCGCUGCUGCUGCGCCUCUUAAUGCUCGUUAUUGCUUUACAUUCAGUAUGUAUAGUGGCAUAUCAAACGCCCUGGGCGCAAUAUUAUUUGAGUAGUGAUAAUCUUAUAGCGAGAUUAAUAGGCCUGGAACCUCUAGUGCUCUCCUCUUGCGAUCGUGAUAUACGCGUUAUGAGCUAUAACUUGAAAUACAGUUUCGACUCCUUCAUACUACCCAUUCUAAUGCUGUUAACAUAUUUUGUGCUGGCGUUGACUGCCAAGUGCCUGAGCAAUGCAAAUGUUUCGUUACGUCGUGACCAACGUCCAAAAAGUACUAUCGAACCGACUGAGACGACGCCUUUGGUGAAACGGUUACGCAAGAGUGACGCCAAAGAAAUUACAAGCGAUGAAAUUGCAUUGGAAUUGCAAGAGACUAACUCACCCGAUGUUUUCACGAAUACCAUAUGCGAUCAGAUAUGCUAUGGCUUUAUAAGUAUUGGCCAAUUCAUAUAUCAAAAUAGUUAUAUAUUUACAAAUAUAUCGAUGAUGACCUGGUCCAUCAUCUAUCACAGUUGGUUGACAUUCGUGCUGCUGCUGUGGGCCAACAUACUCUGGAUGAUACCAAAUCAGCGUAAAGCUAUGAUGCGUUCAAGUCCCUUCAUCGUUUGCUACGCUGAGCUAUUACUAAUAGCGCAAUAUAUUUAUGGCAUGAAUUUGAAAAACGACGAAUUACCCUCCAAAGUUGAUACUGCCGGCAUUAAUUUGCAGCAAAUCGGUCUCGAGCGUCCACAGGAGCACGGCACUCAUCCGUGUGUACCGUUAAUUGUGAAAACACUCUUUAUACUCAUGUUCUGGGUAACGUCACGUCAAUUUUUCCAAGAGAAAGCCGAAGAGAAAUUGAAUAAACGUCGUACACCAGUUGCAAUGGCACUCGAAACAAUCGAUUCGGAAACAUCAAUCGAAUCGCAAAAUAAGCAUACAUCAAAAUUUUUAAAGAAAAUCGGUGAUAUUGUUAAGAAUCUCUUGGUACGCUUGUGGAUCUGGAUGCUGGUGUUGGUGAUAUUUCUUUGCGCUAUGACUGGCAAAUUUAUGACCGGUUUUCGUAUAUGCUAUAUGGCGCUGUUCCUCUUCUUCUUGCUCGUCUUCCAAUCAUCAUCGAAAGUGUGGGUAAAAGUGAUGUAUGGCUUUUGGCUAUUCAUCAUUUUCUACGCCAUGUCCAUGCUGAUAUUAAUUUAUACCUAUCAAUUUGAUAAAUUCGAUCAAUAUUGGUAUGAGUAUUUGAAUAUAUCGCAAACGCUCCAAAACGAUAUCGGUUUGGAGCGUUAUAAAACCAAAGAUCUUUUCCUACAUCUCGUCUCGCCCACACUAAUUGUCGUGCUCACCGUUAUACAAGUACAUUAUUUCCAUCGUCGUUUCAUUGAAGCCUUGCAACAGCGUAAACCAUCCAUGAUACCGCCCGAAAUGGUGGAUAAUAAACAAGAUGCGGGCAAAUCCGUGAAGACCGAUCGUAGUAGUAAUAGUGAAGCGACGAAAUUAAUUGUAUCAUCCCUGAAACGUAUACGCAAUAUAACGAGACACUAUUUUAUUGUUUCGAAAAAAUUGUUUUGGCGUUUCUUGGAGUUGCAUAUAAUUAAAGCGGUAUAUAUAACAGCAUUUGUGUGCUGCGUUAGUCAGAUUUGCGUCAUACACGUGGUAUUCGUUGCGUUAUGCGUACUGGGCUGUAUAACACGUAGUUCUGUGCAAAUUUUCAUCAGUCGCAUAAUUUCCUUCGUUGUUUCUGUAAUAAUAUUGUCGAAAAUGAUCUAUCAAAUAGGUUAUCUAUCACAUGAGGAUUACGAUGUGAAAUGUGAAAAAGACGACAGAUUAAACGGAAAUAGCGCAUUAUGGUUUGGCUUACAGAAAGCCGAUGACACCACAAACGGUUUAAUCGGUUUGAUAAAAAUGUAUAUAAUCUAUAUGAUUGUCGUCACACUGCACGCUGUGGUGAGUCUACGCCAAUUCCAAAUGCGUGCUAUGAAAGGUAAUGAACACAAGGCGGAUACAAAGGUGCUCUUCCCCAGCACGGAUCGUGCCAAAGCUGAAACGAAUCUUAAAUCAAUGAUACAAUAUCUCUUUAAUUAUGGUUUUUAUAAAUUUGGACAAGAAAUCACGUUGAUAAUGUUGGUGACGACAAUAGCUUAUCGACAGGAUAUUAUAGCAAUAUUCUAUGUUAUAUGGUUGGCGGUGCUGCUAAUGUUUAGUCGACGUCGGCGCAGCUCUGUGUGGGGCAUAUUUCAGGUGUUCGUUGCGCUGAGCAUAUUCUUGCAAUAUCUUGUUUUACUUGGUUUGCCGCCUAGUUUGUGUGUGGAUUACCCUUGGGAGGACUCUCGUUUCUCUGCGUCAAUACAAGGUUGGCUUCUCCUACCCGGUGAUAUGCACUAUGAUCACUCGAGAAAAUUGAUUUUCGAUUUCAUACUCUUACUAAUGAUAACACGUCAAAAGCGUAUAUUCCGUAUCGAAUUGCGUUACGGUGAUAAUUAUGCCGGUGGCUCAAAUCGUAAUGUGGUUAAAGAUAUUGAAAAUUUGGGACGUGUGCCAUUUGAAAAUCCCACAAGAGAUUUCCUAUCGCAUGUACGUAACUAUUUGGAUAUAUUCAUGUAUGUCGUUUUGUGUGGCUUCUUUUGGGUCACAUUGGCCACUGUCUUUUUGGCCGGUACGAAUAUGAGCGAUUUUCUCACUCUGGGUUAUCUAAUUGGUGCUUUCACAUUCCUAUGGGAGGGUUCUGAUUUCUAUUUACGUCCAAUACGUCAAAUUAUAAGUCGUUGGCGUUGGCUAUUGGCAUAUAAUGUUUUUAAUAUUGUUGUAAAGACAUGUCUCGAAAUGGGUGGUUGUUUAUUUUUGAAAGAACUAACACAAAAUUGUUGUUGGCUUGUACACUUGUUGGGUAUAUCAUGUCAUUUCUCAACGGAAGCUGUACAUGAUGAGGCAAAAAAGCAUGUAGAAAGUGAUUGCCCGGAAGUAAAUAAAUCAACCAUACUUAUGUGGGAUACCAUAUGCUUCGCUUUUCUAAUACUACAAAUGCGUAUAUUCAAAUCGCAUUACUUCUGUCAUCUCAUUAUCGAUACAAAGGCGAACAGCAUAUUGGCAACGAGAGGUGCUGAAAUUAUUGAGGAUUUGCGUCAGAAACAAAUUGAACAUCGUCAACAACAUGAAAAUGAAAUUUUAGUAAAGAUUAAACGUAACAUGGAGCGCAUACGUGCUACACAACAGAAAAUGUUGAAACCGAUCGAUAAGCCCACACAUUUCGAUGAACAUGGUGCUCCGAGCAAACUGCACAAACGGAAAGAGAUUAAGUUACACGGACCUGAUGCGCCCGAUGCGCCUGUAGGUACCGUUGUCGUUGAACAAUUAAGGCUGCCACAUAAAAAAGCUGUACGUGCUGGCGAUUACUACAUGUUCGAGGAUGUUGAUGAUAAAUUCGAAUUGGAUGUUAUUGAUGAUGAGCAAGAUUUCCUUUCCGAACAGGAGAGUGAGAAGAAAUUGCAGCGACGCAAAACAGUUAUACAUGUUUGGAAGGACAUACAGACAGCCGAAUUUCGUCGUCAAGUCUAUAUGCGUCAGCGUUCGUACGCUUCGGCGCCCGGCUCUCGCAUUGGCAUAAAAAUCGAUGAGGAAUUAGAAAAAGAAGAUGCCAAUGAGACAGGUGUACGCACUUCAACAAUUUCCGAGCCGUACGACUACAGUGUGCCGCCGCGUUCGGCGAGCGAAUUCUUUACCGAAAUUAAACGCAAAUCCGAGUCGGAGCCUUCAACCAGCAAGGAAGCAAAGGAGGCGUCAGAAAUGGAAGAAAAGAAGAAAAAGGGUGAUGUUGUAGACUCAGAAGAAUCCGAAGAUGACUUGGAGGCAAAUCCCAUUGUGCGCCUAUUAGAAGGUUUCUUGGUCACCCUAACAAUCGGUUUACAUCGUUUGUCACGAAAUUAUCGUUAUGUUAAUAAAAUUAUGUCCAAUGAAAAGCGUUUGCUUAAGGAGACACAUAGCGUCAAUUUAGUGCGCAGAGGUGGCAGUUCAAUAUUUAUUAACAUUAAGGGUCUGUCGCCAAAUGAUGAAAAUGCUGAUCUUGCAAAUGGCUCAAUUGGCUCAGCUUCGAUUGAUACCGAAAAUGAUAUACGACCAUUACCGCAUAGUAUAACGAAUGUCACCGAUUUAAAUACCAUUACCUCAGACAACACUACCCAUACACCAUCACUCAUAACUGAUACACAAGAACUACAACAACAACAACAACAGCAAACAGAGGAUCCACAUGCCAUAAUUGAUAUGUCUGUGGACACUGUUGAUGCGCCAAAGAAUAGACGCGAUGAUGAUGGCUCAGUGUCUUUACAAAGAUCUCAUGAUUCGGUAGACUUGCCAAAGAUUUGCAUUAAGGCACCUUCAUUCGAUUGCAGUAACAAUUUUGCGGGGCUGUUAAGUAAGCAAUGGUCAUAUGAAAAGAUGGACAGCAAUAGUCUUAUGCUGGAAGAGGAUUUCACCUCACGUGAGCAUCAUAUUAUUAUCGAAUUUCUGAUAUCUCUCUGGUAUGCCUUGCUAUCGAAUACGGACAUACUCUGCUAUCUUAUCGUGUUUAUUAACCAGGUGGUAAAUGCCAGCAUAAUAUCGUUACCACUACCGCUAAUGGUAUUCCUUUGGGGUACGCUCUCAUUGCCACGUCCAACGAAAACCUUCUGGGUCACACUCAUUGCCUAUACACAGGCGAUAGUCUUGAUCAAAUGCAUAUUCCAGUAUAAAUUGAUUUGGGCCAAUCAUGAAAAUUUCCUAAAUGAACCAUUGUCGCCAGCGAAAAUUUUCGGUGUCGAAUUAAAUCCAAAUUAUGCUAGCUAUGAUUUGUUGUUGCUGCUAGUGUUAUUCUUUCACAGAUUCAUAUUAAAAUCUCAUGGUCUUUGGAAGUCAGAAUAUAAGGUACCACGUGGUGGCACACCAGAUAGAACAACUCAAGGCAUUGAAAAAGAAAAAGAGUUGGAAGCUACUACGUACACAGAAGAACGCACAGAAACAGUUGCUGGAGAAAACACUGCUGCAACAAAUGACAACAACCGGCUUGGCGAAAGUGAUGGCAUUCGAAGGCGAAAUACGAGGGCUGCAGAAAAUGAGAGUAAUGAGGGUGAAAAUAACACCGAUGAGAGGCGUGAGAAUGGCACGGAAAAUCGAAAAGAAGGUGGCGCCGAUGCACGAGAAGAUAACAAGCAGCUAAUUAGAAAAUCCUCUACCGAUAAUUUAUCUAUGAGGAGUCAAGCAAGCCUAAGUUUUAGCACAUAUCAGCGAAGACUGAAACAUUUAAAACGUGCCAAGUACUUGUCAUCCGUACGGAAAUUCUUUUCGAAUUUACUCUCGAAAUCACGCCUGCCCGCUGAUGUCUAUGCGCUAAUGUUCCUAUGUGAUUUUGUUAACUUUUUCGUAUUACUUUUCGGUUUUACAUCAUUUGGCUCACAACAAUCGGCUGGUGGCGUACAAACCUAUUUGGAGGAGAAUAAAGUGCCAACCCCAUUUCUAAUUAUGUUAUUGGUACAAUUUAUGUUAAUCGUUAUUGAUCGAGCGUUGUAUUUGCGUAAGGCUUUGCUACACAAAAUCAUUUUCCAUUUCCUCUCCGUCAUUGGCAUACAUAUAUGGAUGUUCUUUAUUGUGCCUGCGGUAACGGAGCGUAGCUUCUACUCGCUGGCGCCACCAAUUAUAUUCUACAUCAUAAAAUGUUUCUAUAUACUCUUGUCUUCGUAUCAAAUCAAAUGUGGUUAUCCUAAACGUAUUUUGGGCAACUUUUUAACAAAGAGUUUCUCGCUCAUCAAUAUGAUGUCUUUUAAGGUUUACAUGGCCAUACCAUUCUUAUACGAGUUGCGCACAAUACUCGAUUGGGUAUGCACGGACAGCACAAUGACACUAUUCGAUUGGCUAAAAAUGGAGGAUAUAUUUGCUGAUAUUUACUUCAUUAAGUGUAGUCGUCAAAUGGAAACUGAUUUCCCGGCCAUACGCGCUACCAAAAAACCGAUUUUAACCAAACUUAUUAUGGGCGGCCUGUUCAUUACAGCAAUUGUAUUUGCACUCUGGGGUCCACUCUGUUUAUUUGCGCUGAUAAAUGCUGUUGGUCAAUCGAAUAUACCAAUGCAAGUUAGUAUCUCAAUACGUAUCGGUUCGUAUGCGCCCAUCUACCAAACAAAUACACGCGAUAAUAUUAUCGCUUUCGACGAUGCCAUGUACAGUGAUUUGAAGGGUGCUUAUGUCAGGGAUAGAGCGGCGAUCACAUUUCUCAGUAGUUAUGAUGCAAGUGAUAUUGCAGUGAUUAAACUGCCAGGUAAUUCACCAUCAUUAUGGAAUAUCUCGCCACCGGAUCGUAAUCGUUUGUUAGAGGAGUUGAAGUCGAAUGGUACAAUUGUGUCGAGCUUUGCCUACUCCAUUACACGUAAACCACCAGAUAAGAGCUUGAUGGGCACAGUUUCCGGUGAGAUUAUCUUUCAUAUGAAUAGUACGUAUGCUUGGCGUGACGAUUUGAUAAAUAUGCUGGAAGCAAAUGGCACUUCCAAAGUGGUUCCCCUGCCCGAUAUGGUGCCGAAGUUCAUUAAGAUUUUAAGUUCUGGUGAUGUUAGCAUUGUAAAUCAAUUAAUGCCAACUGGACAGACUUAUCGCCCACUCUUAAUACGCAUGCGCAACAGUUCUUCGGCGCGCCUUUGGUGGGAAAUUGCCGAUUACUGCGAUGAUGAGUUCCACAAUGAUUUUUUGGCGAAAUUACCUUUGGAUAAAUGUAACUCCGGCAUAGUUCUUUAUACGUUUAACGAUAAACAAUUCCCAUCAACAUUUAGUUUCAUUACGAAAGGCGGCAUUCUUGGCGCGUAUACUACGUUCGUCAUUGUGGCUUCGCGCUUCUUCAAGUCCUUCAUUGGCGGACAAAAUCGUAAGAUUAUGUUCGAAGAUAUGCCUUAUGUGGAUAGAGUAUUGCAAUUGUGCCUUGACAUAUAUUUGGUGCGACAAGCGCUUGAAUUUGCGCUGGAAGAGGAUCUCUUUGCCAAAUUAAUCUUCCUGUAUCGCUCACCGGAGACGAUGAUAAAAUGGACGCGACCGAAAGAGGAAGCUGACGAUGAAACAGAUUCAGAGUCUAUGCGUAGUCGUGUUAGUACACGUGCGCCCAGAUAAAAUGUGAACCAUUGAAUGUAAAAAAAAUAUAAAACGCACUGAUUUUCAUUCAUAAAAAAAAAAAAAAA